CCUUACUCAUGUAUGCACUAAUUUGAAUACAUAUAUAAUGCGUUUAACAUGAAUAACCGAAUUUUCUAUAUGUUUAUGGUAUUUUGUGCAGCAUUUAUUGUUACAUACAUCUGUUUGAAAGACAGCGCAAUAGCGCAAUGGGAUGUGAGAGGUUUUAUGAACACCCAAAGGGACUUGAUAUUUGGAAAAGUAAGGAAUGAUACGUCACAAGCUUGCAAUCGCGAGUAUCAGAACGGUGUCUGUAAUAUGACAUGUUUUGAAAUAUUCUGGCUGAAGUACGAACAGCAGAGGGAACGGAAAUUUAGUGAAAAACCACAUAAAUCAGUCAAUAACGAAUCGGACAGUAACGUUGCGUUUCAAAACAGAUCUUGCGACACAACCAUUCCAUUCACUAAACGGAAGAAAGAGAACAUAAGUUGUGAAUCGCAUCCAGUGUGUAACGUUGCUUCUAUAAACAGUGCUUGUAACACCUAUAUUUCCUCAAAAGGCCCUCAAGGUAGAGCUGGAAACAUCAUGUUUGAAAUAGCGGCCUUGAUCGGAGUUGCCAAAAGACGAGGUUUCACGCCUCAGUCGCGAUACAAUCAUUACAUAUUUAAAUGGUUCGAAAUGCCGCGGAUUUACGUAAACGUGCCUGCAGUCAACGAAAAGAACGUCGGUGAAGUAAAGUAUGGUACUUAUCAGAAAGAAGUGGAGUCUUUAGAUUGUGGUCAGAAUUGGACGCUAGGUGGUUAUCGUUGUAGCUGGAAAUAUUUCAACAAUGCGAAGGAUGAAGUGCGAAAAGUAUUUACUUUGAAAGCGGAGUUCACCGACAAAGCAAACGCAUUUCUGCAAAACCUAUCAUCAACAGGUUGGCCCCGAAGUGCCUGCAGUGGUUUUGUUAUCACUCCGAAAAUAGUGGGACAUGGGCCUUACCUAGGUAUCCCGGUGUGCGGGGGCAUUUGGCAUGGAUUUUACCAGCAGUUUUUCCCUGAAUGUCCUGUAUUUUACACAGGAAUGGAUGGACCGCGCAGUUAAUGUGUGUGUGCACGUUCGAAGAGGCGAUAUGGCAAAAGAUGCUAACAUCAAACUAGGUUAUGUUCCGUCGGACGCAACUUACCUAAAUAGAUCUAUGGAAUACUUCAGAAAUAUGUUCCGAAAGAAGACAGUCCACUUUGUUGUCAUCAGCAAUGGUAUGGAAUGGUGCCAGAAUAAUACGUCAGGGCCUGACGUCUUUUACUCUCCUUUUAAAGAAGCUGUCCUAGACUUUGCACUCAUGGUUUGUUGUGAUCACGUGAUUAUUACCAUCGGGACAUUUGGUUGGUGGGGGGCUUGGCUAUCUGGUGGAAUAACCGUGUAUGACUCCUCGUGGCCAACACAAUAUACAUUUGUUGGUAAAGGCUUAAACAGAAGUGAUUAUUAUCCAAAACACUGGAUAGGUCUAUAAAUUUGUAAAAACAUCUUUGAGUGCGUUGAAUGUGAAGCAUAGCAAUAUAAAGAUAAUAUCUUAUGAUCGUAAAUAAAUUCCGAUCGAUUAUUCUUUUUGGUACUAAUGGGGACUCAACAACUAGGAAGUGAUAUUGUUUCAAUAGAAAAUGUUUUUGAGUGCACUCAACGGGGCGGCCUUGAAAUUUUAUUCAUAACACCGACACUUGGCUUAAACAAUGUGUUGACACGAGUACAGCAAUUGCUAUUGCAUUCCAUCGACCAAUAGCGUUAAUGCAUUCACUACGAUUUGAUCACUUUGAUUAAUAAGUAAAACCAAUUUUACUUAGCGGAUGUAAAACGUAGGGAUAAGGAAAUACUGAUGUCCCAGAAAGGGACUAAAUUAAUUCAUUGAAAUAAAUGUUCAACCUAAAUAAAGAUAACAUCAAAAUACAUAGUCUACGGUGGGAAAAAAAUCAAUCAGUCGACAUAAAACAAUAAUUUCAUCUUAAUGGGUGAUCGAUAACAAGGUCAACAGUUAAGUACGGAAGCUGAACUUAAAAUUACAUUUUAUCAAAUUAAAUUAUUUCAGUAAUGCGUGUUCUUUUCCUUGGUUCUAAACCGUUAACAUGAUUCUUCGCGCUAACGGUGAUUUUUGUUCAGCCGUAGUUAUGGCUUUUUAAAUUAAUUAACCAAAAGCUAAUCGAAUAUUUCUUUCAACAAAGGCACUCUGACAAUGACAGGAAUUAAGCAUCAAACCUCGACCUAAAUGUAACAAUAAAAUGUUCACAAAGUUGUAAUUUAAAAUAGCUAUAGGCACAUUUAUCUAUUUAAAUCAUGUUUGUCUUUAAAUAUUACCUGGAAUAACAAAAAUAAUUAUAAACAAAACGAUUUUAAAAAACUCUGCAAUUGAAGGAAAUAACUUAUAGCCAAAACAACUUUUUCC